AUGCCCACUGCGCCAAUUCCACAUUUCUAUGACAAUCCACACAGUUCAUCGAUUCAUCCAGCUGUUGUCGUUCAACCGAAAGAGCUCGUUCGUCUUCCACCUCUUCAAUUGAAAUCUGAAGCGCUUGAAUACGAGUCGGACGGAAACGAACAAGCCCGGUUUGCUUGGCGAGUGAUGAGCACGGCAAACAAGAAACGUAUACUUCUACUCGCUCCAUUGGGUCCAGGCAGUGGCAAUGCCGCGACCGCCUCUCGUCUUGCACACGGCCUAUGUCAAUCAUCGGAAAUCACUGUUGAUUGUUUGUCUGUUGAUAUGCCACACACCGAUUCCGAUUCAUUACUAGCAUUGAUCCAUCGAUAUGACGUGGUUUUGGCAUUGCAUGUUUAUCGUGCCGGUCAUUUGUUGACUUCGAUCUAUCAAAAUAACUCUGAUCUUCCACCACUUAUUCUCAUAUUUGCCGGAACUGAACUACAUUCAUGCCUGCUAGAAUGGAUGCCGACAAUCGAACAGAUUGUACCAAAAGCCCGUGGUCUGUCUCUUGUCAACGCCAUUCGAUCUUCAUGCUCACGUUCAAAUGUUACGUUAACUGGUGGUCAAUCUACGGGUCAUGUCCAUGCACUCAUGCGCACCGCCUUCGCCUAUUUGAAUACUUCUAUCAAUGAAGGAAUGUGCCUAGCCAUACUCGAAGCCAUGGCACUUCGUCUGCCAGUCAUUGCUCGUCGGAACACCGGUAAUAUUAGUAUUGUAACCCAUGGUAAAACUGGAUUAUUAUUCGAAACACCUGAACAAGCUGCUCAAUGUUUGUCGCAACUUGCUAAGGAUACUGCAUUACGGGAGACACUGAUUCAGCAAGCAGCUGAUCAAGUGAAGA